CACCAGGUACACGGAGAGGUGAGAGCGGGGCUGGGCGGACAGGUCCCGAAGGCGGCUCUACCCGGAGCGGAAGGGCGGCCGCCGGCCGGACCACCGAUCCCAGGGGGCCCCGCGGCGCCGCGCACGCGCACUGGCGAGGGGGCAGCGCCGCCGCAGGAGGCAGGGGAACCGACUGGCGAUCUGUGGCGGCGGCUGGGCGGCGGUGGCAGUUCGCGGCGAGGGCGACGGCUCCGAGGCCGAGUGGCCGUCCGGCGGCGACCUGGGCGCCGUCCCCCGCAUGACCUCAUCGUGAUCAGCCUUUGUACCUUUUCCGAAUUCAAAGAUGGUGAAGCUAGAUAUCCAUACUCUGGCCCACCACCUCAAACAGGAGCGUUUGUACGUGAGCUCUGAGAAACAGCUCAUUCAGAGGCUAAACGCAGAUGUGCUGAAGACAGCUGAAAAGCUGUAUCGAACGGCAUGGAUUGCAAAGCAACAGAGGAUUAAUUUGGAUCGGCUUAUUAUAACCAGUGCUGAAGCUUCCCCUGCUGAGUGUUGCCAGCAUGCCAAGAUUUUGGAAGAUACACAGUUUGUUGACGGAUAUAAGCAACUGGGAUUUCAGGAAACGGCCUAUGGAGAAUUCUUGAGUCGGUUAAGAGAAAAUCCUCGUCUUAUUGCAUCCUCUUUGGUUGCUGGAGAAAAACUGAAUCAGGAGAGCACCCAGAGCGUCAUCCACACAGUGUUUACCUCCUUGUAUGGCAACUGUAUUAUGCAGGAAGAUGAGAGCUACCUCCUUCAGGUGUUACGAUACCUGAUUGAAUUUGAACUGAAGGAAAGUGACAACCCCAGGCGGCUUUUGAGGAGAGGAACUUGUGCCUUCAGUAUCUUAUUUAAACUCUUUUCUGAAGGACUGUUUUCUGCCAAACUUUUCCUUACAGCUACUUUACAUGAGCCCAUCAUGCAGCUCCUUGUGGAAGAUGAAGACCAUCUGGAAACAGACCCCAACAAGCUAACUGAGAGAUUCUCCCCAGCUCAGCAGGAAAAACUCUUUGGAGAGAAAGGCUCAGACAGAUUCAGGCAAAAGGUUCAAGAAAUGGUAGAUUCCAAUGAGGCCAAACUGGUGGCUUUGGUGAACAAAUUUAUUGGUUAUCUCAAACAGAACACGUACUGCUUUCCACACAGUCUGAGGUGGAUUGUGUCACAGAUGUACAAAACUCUGUCUUGUGUGGACAGGCUGGAGGUUGGGGAGGUCAGAGCCAUGUGCACCGACCUUCUGCUGGCUUGCUUCAUCUGUCCUGCAGUUGUCAAUCCAGAGCAGCAUGGAAUAAUCUCGGAUGCUCCUAUCAAUGAGGUGGCCAGAUUUAACCUGAUGCAGGUUGGCCGCCUUUUGCAACAGUUAGCCAUGACUGGCACUGAAGAAGGAGAUCCCCGGACCAAAAAUAGCCUUGGAAAAUUUGACAAAGGCUGCGUUGCUGCUUUCCUUGAUGUUGUUAUUGGGGGCCGGGCCGUGGAGACUCCGCCGAUGUCCUCCGUCAAUCUUCUGGAAGGCUUGAGCAGAACUGUGGUGUAUAUAAGUUACAGUCAGCUUAUUACUCUGGUAAACUUCAUGAAGAGUGUGAUGUCUGGAGAUGAACUGAAAGAAGAUAGAAUGGCUCUUGACAAUCUGUUGGCAAACCUGCCUCAGGCCAAGCCAGGGAAGAGCAGCAGUCUAGACAUGACUCCCUACAGCACUCCUCAGAUGUCUCCAGCAACCACUCCAGCCAAUAAAAAGAAUCGAUUACCUAUAGCAACUCGGAGCAGAAGCCGAAGUAAUAUGCUAAUGGACUUACAUAUGGACCAUGAAGGAUCAUCUCAAGAAACCAUCCAGGAGGUACAACCAGAAGAGGUGCUGGUCAUUUCCUUAGGGACAGGUCCCCAACUUACUCCAGGGAUGAUGUCAGAAAAUGAGGUCCUAAACAUGCAGCUCUCAGAUGGAGGACAAGGAGAUGUCCCUGUUGAUGAAAACAAACUCCACGGUAAACCUGACAAAACCUUGCGCUUUUCCCUCUGCAGUGAUAAUCUGGAAGGCAUAUCUGAAGGUCCUUCUAAUCGCUCCAAUUCAGUGUCUUCUCUUGACCUGGAAGGAGAGUCUGUAUCUGAGCUUGGGGCAGGACCUUCUGGGAGUAAUGGAGUCGAAGCACUACAGCUGCUAGAACAUGAGCAAGCUACAACCCAAGAUAAUCUUGAUGAUAAGCUGAGGAAGUUUGAGAUUCGUGACAUGAUGGGACUAACAGAUGAUAGGGACAUAUCAGAGACAGUGAGUGAGACCUGGAGCACCGAUGUCCUGGGAAGUGACUUUGACCCAAACGUUGAUGAAGAUCGUUUGCAAGAGAUUGCAGGUGCAGCAGCAGAGAACGUGUUAGGCAGUUUGCUGUGCCUCCCUGGUUCAGGGUCAGUUCUCCUUGACCCUUGCACUGGCUCUACCAUAUCAGAGACCACAAGUGAAGCUUGGAGCGUAGAGGUAUUGCCAAGUGACUCAGAGGCUCCAGACUUAAAACAGGAGGAGCGCCUCCAGGAGCUGGAGAGCUGUUCUGGACUGGGCAGCACAUCUGAUGAUACGGAUGUCAGGGAGGUCAGUUCCCGCCCCAGCACACCAGGCCUCAGUGUUGUGUCCGGUAUAAGUGCUACAUCAGAGGAUAUUCCCAAUAAGAUAGAAGACCUGAGAUCUGAGUGCAGCUCUGAUUUUGGGGGUAAAGAUUCUGUAACUAGUCCAGACAUGGAUGACAUAGCCCACGGUCCCCACCAGCUGACCUCUCCUCCCUCUCAGUCAGAGUCUCUGCUUGCCAUGUUUGAUCCACUGGCUUCCCAUGAUGGGGCCUCUGCUGUGGUAAGGCCGAAGGUUCACUAUGCCCGGCCCUCGCAUCCGCCCCCGGAUCCUCCAAUCUUGGAAGGAGCAGUGGGAGGAAAUGAGGCCAGGCUGCCCAACUUUGGUUCUCACGUCUUAACUGCAGCUGAAAUGGAGGCGUUCAGGCAGAGGCACUCGUACCCAGAGAGACUGGUUCGCAGCCGCAGCUCUGACAUAGUGUCUUCUGUCCGACGGCCCAUGAGCGACCCCAGCUGGAACCGCCGUCCAGGAAAUGACGAACUCCCUCCAGCUGCUGCCACCGGUGCUACUUCUUUGGUGGCUGCGCCUCACUCAUCAUCUUCUUCCCCGAGUAAGGACUCUUCAAGAGGAGAGGCUGAAGAGCGCAAGGACAGUGACGAUGAGAGGUCGGACAGGAGCAGGCCUUGGUGGAGAAAACGCUUCGUGUCAGCUAUGCCUAAAGCUCCUAUACCAUUUAGAAAGAAAGAAAAACAAGAAAAAGACAAAGAUGAUCUGGGGCCUGACAGAUUCUCAACACUCACAGACGAGCCCAGCCCUAGGCUCAGUGCACAGGCUCAGGUUGCUGAAGAUAUCCUGGACAAAUACCGGAAUGCCAUUAAACGGACCAGCCCCAGUGAAGGAGCCAUGGCAAAUGAUGAGAGUGCAGAGGUCAUGGGUGACGGUGAAAGUGCUCAUGACUCCCCUCGUGAUGAAGCCCUGCAGAACAUCUCAGCUGACGAUCUCCCAGACUCUGCCAGCCAAGCAGCCCACCCUCAGGAUUCUGCUUUCUCUUACAGAGAUGUGAAGAAGAAGCUGAGGCUUGCACUUUGCUCUGCGGACUCGGUGGCCUUCCCGGUGCUGACCCAUUCAACAAGGAACGGAUUGCCGGACCACACAGACCCGGAAGACAAUGAAAUUGUAUGCUUCUUAAAAGUUCAAAUAGCUGAAGCAAUUAAUUUACAAGAUAAGAACUUAAUGGCUCAACUUCAAGAAACAAUGCGUUGUGUGUGCCGCUUUGACAACAGGACUUGUAGGAAGCUGCUGGCAUCCAUUGCUGAAGACUACAGGAAAAGAGCCCCGUAUAUUGCUUAUCUCACCCGCUGUCGACAAGGACUGCAGACCACACAGGCGCACCUGGAAAGGCUCUUGCAAAGAGUUCUGCGGGACAAAGAAGUAGCCAAUCGGUACUUUACCACCGUCUGCGUGCGGUUACUGCUUGAGAGCAAAGAAAAGAAGAUCAGGGAGUUCAUUCAAGACUUUCAGAAACUUACUGCUGCUGACGACAAAACAGCUCAAGUGGAGGAUUUUCUGCAGUUCCUGUACGGCGCCAUGGCUCAGGACGUCAUCUGGCAAAACGCCAGUGAGGAGCAGCUGCAGGAUGCUCAGCUGGCCAUCGAGCGGAGUGUGAUGAAUCGGAUCUUCAAGCUUGCUUUCUACCCUAACCAGGACGGGGACAUACUCCGCGACCAGGUUCUGCAUGAACAUAUCCAGAGAUUAUCUAAAGUAGUGACGGCAAACCACAGAGCUCUGCAGAUACCAGAGGUUUAUCUUCGUGAGGCCCCAUGGCCAUCUGCACAGUCAGAAAUCAGGACAAUAAGUGCUUACAAAACUCCCCGGGACAAAGUGCAGUGCAUCCUGAGAAUGUGCUCCACCAUCAUGAACCUCCUGAGCCUGGCCAACGAGGACUCUGUCCCUGGGGCAGAUGACUUUGUCCCUGUGUUGGUGUUUGUGCUGAUAAAGGCAAACCCGCCCUGCCUGCUGUCCACCGUGCAGUACAUCAGCAGCUUCUACGCCAGCUGUCUGUCUGGAGAGGAAUCGUACUGGUGGAUGCAGUUCACAGCAGCAGUGGAGUUCAUUAAAACCAUCGACGACAGGAAGUGACCAAGACCAGGCCCACCAAGGCAUCAGACUGUAGCCAGAAGACAGUGUAGCAGCUACUUUGAAAGCUGAAGAUUGUUCUGUCUCACAUGUACAGCUUCCAGAUGUUUCCACGUGGCUCUUCCUGAGCAGAUUAACAAGCUAACACGCUGGCUCUCUUUCCUUUCCGCCUUUCUGAGUUGCAUAUUUUAUUUCUUGUCCCCAAAUAGAGAGUAGUACUGCAAAAGGGACCAUGUUUUUCCAGGUGUUUUAAAAUAUUAAAAAACAGAACAGAAUCUUUUAGGAACUGUCCAGAUCUCCUUUCAUGGAUUCCCCGCCCGUCCCUUUCAUUUUAGAAAGAACAGUGUACGUCUUGUAAGACCCUGUCUCAGCGUUGGAGCAGGCGGCCAGCUACACUGAGGAUUUCAGGAGCAGUGUGCUACAGCCUUCCCAUAGAUACACUCUCCUGAGUUGAAAAGCUAAGAAGGAUAUGUAAAUAUAAUAUAUAUUUGUAUUUGAUGUAAUAUGGGCAUCUUCAGACUCUAAUAAACAAGGACAGUUGCUGAGAGUAGGCUGUGACAUUCCCUCUUGUGAAAUGGUUUCCUUGACAACAUUUAAGCUGAGCUUAAAAGCAAAACCAGAAAUAUUUAUUAGUGUAAAAUACAGUUUAUUACUCUCCACAUAUGGAGUUUGAUGGGGAAGUGGUGUAGGCGUGUGCCACCACCGACAUGUGUUGAGCCUGCACAUCAGGACAGACCCUACCAUGCGUUACAUAGGAUGGGCGGUACAUGGCAAGGUGUGCCGUGCCCUGUGCACCUGCACGGAGCGGAAGCCACAGACAGGGCUCCUUUCAGACCCUUAAUUGUCAUCUGUUUUUGAUGAUUAUUCACAUUGAAUGCACAGACCAGGAAUUCAGUGAAUGUCAUUUUUUAAAACUAAUUUAUAUCGUCUGCUCUACUGAUCCAGGUUUUACUAGUGUUAAACUAUUUUGAUCAGCCACACUAUUCUUAUGGGGAAAAAAAAUCUAUUUUGGCAGGUUUCUGUGCCUUUAUUGCCCUCUUCUGAAAAAAAAAAAAAAAGAAAGAAAGAAAGAAAGAAAGAGAAAAGGGUCUCCAUAGUUUGGUUUGCAUUGUACAUGAGUAAUGAAUCAGGAAUGGGCUUUGGUGCCUGAGAGGCUGGCCCAGGGGGCUCAGCAGAGCUUCAAGCACAAGUCUUGUCCACAGGCCAUCAUUGACUGGUUCCACCUCUCAUGCUUCCUAAACAAGUUUAGCUUUUAUGGCAAAUGCUGCAACCCCGUACAACAAGUCCCUUGUUGCUGGCAGCAAUCCGGCCAUCGUCUAAGGGCCUGAGCUGACCAACCACGGGCAGACAGAUAACAAGGCUCCCCUCUCUGAGAACUGGGCCACACCGUGCCAAAAGAAGCUGGGUCUUCCUCAUGCUUCCUCCUCUUCUCAUUCCCGUUAAAAUCCCAGAAUAGGAAUUUACAUAGGAGUGUGGUUUCUGCCUUUUAGGGAGAGAUCAAAACUAGAACCACAAAUUCCUUUCGAAUGUUGGUCAGGAAAUCUAUGGACUGGAUGGGCUGUCAUCGUCAAGCUUGCCUUGGUGUCAAAGGUACGUCCCAUCAUAGGUGCAGUGCAAGCCAAACUAGGACGUGGGUCUGCAGCUCGAUGGGAUCUUAACAUCCACUUCAGCACCGAUUCAGUAAAUGUUAAGUCAACAGCAGAUUCUGACUAGUUGGAAUUCAUUGUUAAUGGGACUUAACUUGUAAGUCAAUGAGAGAUUUUUCUCUCUCUCUCUGUAAUGGUAGCUAAAUAUAUUCCAUGUUAUCACUGUGGAAAUAAAUAUGAAGAUAUGGACGUUGCA